AUGAGCCCCUUCCGUAUUGUUUUCGGGAAACCCUGUCAUCUUCCGGUUGAGAUCCAACAUAGAGCCUUUUGGGCGGUGAAGAAUUGCAAUCCGGACUUAAAGGGGGCGGGAAUGGAACGUAAGCUCCAAUUGGAAGAGUUCGAAUGCCUUAGGUUGGAAGCAUACGAAAAUGCUCAGUUCUACAAGGAAAAAGCUAAGGCAUUCCAUGACCAGAAUAUAAGGCAGAAGAACUUCAAGAUAGGUGACGAAGUACUUGUGUACAAUUCAAGGUUGCGAUUCAAGCCCGGAAAAUUGAGGUCUAGAUGGGAUGGUCCGUUUAAAGUAGUAGAUGUCAAGCCAUAUGGGGUGGUGGAGGUGAUUCACCCCACUAAUGGAGUUAAGCUCAAGGUCAAUGGUCAUAGGGUAAAGCUUUAUCACACUCAACCCAAAAAUGCCAAGGAGUUGGAGAUUUUCCUCCUUGGUGAAGUUCCCAAAUGA